CCUCUAGAUUGCGAGCAGCUGCAGGGAAGAAGAAGACGAGGUCCUACACACUGUACUGUGUACACAGCCUGGCCCUAGUCAUGCCGUGACUCUGAGCCUCUCCUGACUUCGAAGUUCGAGAAGCAGACAGCAGAAAGCAGCGCAGGAUCACGAAGACGGAGAGGGCUAUCUGGAGCAACUUUUCUCAAUAGUUGGGCUCACUCAGUUUUGAAUAACGAAGAGAGAGAAGCGCAGAAGUGUCCGGGAACACAAAGAAGUUUCACAGCAGAUUUGCGCAGUCAGGAAAUCUUGAACUGAAAGGGACGCCAAGACCGAACGGUCGACCGCAAGGUUGAGCACAGGAGAGGAGCAUUUGAAGAGCGUUUAUUGUAUCCCUAUACCAAACAUGAAUCCUGAAUAUGAUUACCUCUUCAAGCUUCUUCUAAUUGGGGACUCAGGUGUGGGAAAAUCGUGCCUCUUGCUGCGGUUUGCGGAUGAUUCCUACUUGGAAAGCUACAUCAGCACAAUCGGGGUUGACUUUAAGAUCCGGACCGUGGAGCUAGACGGCAAGACCAUCAAGCUGCAGAUUUGGGAUACGGCUGGCCAAGAGCGCUUCCGGACUAUCACGAGCAGCUACUACCGGGGCGCGCAUGGAAUCAUUGUUGUUUACGACGUCACUGACCAGGAGAGCUUCAACAAUGUCAAGCAGUGGCUCAACGAGAUUGACCGGUAUGCAAAUGAGAAUGUGAACAAGCUGCUGGUAGGAAACAAGAGCGACCUCACGGCAAAGAAGGUGGUGGACACAAAGACGGCUAAGGCGUUUGCUGACGAGAUUGGCAUUCCUUUCCUGGAAACCUCCGCCAAAAAUGCCACAAACGUCGAGCAGGCUUUCAUGACCAUGGCCGCCGAAAUCAAGAACAGGAUGGCGAGCCAGCCAGCCGUGAGCAACAAGGGUGGGGUGACCGUAAAGCCAGGGGAGAGCCGGCCCUUGCCUCAGAAGAGCAGCUGCUGCUCGUAGACUGGCGCGCUGUGUCACAAGACAAAUUGCACAUAGUAACGUCGCACAAGCAGGGCCUUUGCUUGAACCCUCAAGUCCGUUUGGCAGCUAAAUCAAGUGUACAAUGGACUGCUAUUCGUUGAGACCCUGGACAUAGUUGGAGAGGUUAUUGCAGUUGUUGGACAUACUUGCGUCACGUUUGACACCAUAUGAUGCUUCAAAGGCCGGUAGUAGGAAUUUUUUUGCGGACCUGUACACGUUUUUGGUCUGCCUAAGCGCAACCAUUCUAUGCUUAUUCACGUAGGUACUUGAUGUUUGAUGUUUGUCACGAGGCCCUCUUUUCGACGGUCUUUCAUGCAUCCUAAGUUACAGAUGGAUGGUCGGAUGACCGGAAAAGACAGUUGUCUGAUCCUUAAUCGAAAUUUUCAC